CGUUCAGAUUCGUGGCUGCUGCUGUUUGGGCCCUGGUUAUCAUGGGCUCUUGCUCUUACAAAAGGAUUUUUCCGAGAAAUGGCAAAAUUUCCUGAAACCGUCGAGCUGUGUAUUAUUUAUUGAUUGAUAUAAAAGCACUCGGUAACGGUUACGGAUAGUGUUUUCUUUAUGGUUAACUAGUUGGCUAAUGGUUAUAGCUGGCUAUUCGGAGUCUGUAGGCGUUGCAGAAAAGGGGGAGAGCAUAACGUAGCUGACGUUAGCUAGCUAAGUUUUAUGGAAAUUCGUGAAAAGAAUGUUGUCAGUUUAGUUGGUAGAAUGGCUAGCUAGCUCGGUCAAUUGGGCAAAUUGUAACGUAAUUUCAGAAACGGAGCUCUCCAUAAUGACAAAGCCUAGCCCGCUAGCUAGCUACAGUUGAAUAACAGCUAGCUAGCUAACAAAACACAUGAAGAAAUUACCUAGCUAGCUAGACCAGCUAACGUUUGGUACUAAGCAGGCGAUGCCUUUGUCUUUUUCGCUAGCCAGGCUAGGGGUCGCUUGUUAGAAUGAAUGACACAGCGGUUAGCUAGCUGGUGUAGUGCUUAAUGUCAUAUUAAUGUUGAUACGUUUAUUUGUGAUAUAGUAACAGGCUAACAACAGUAUAAUGCACAAUCGUUUAUCAGCUAACGUUAAAUCAAACAACCCGGUUGCUCAUUUAGGCAUAGACUGAGGCGUUAGCUCCAGAUACUGGACAUAAAUAAGUUAGUCGGUUAGCUAGUCUAGCUAGCUACACAUUUUGUUUUGUAUUCACUCUAUAUUACCAAGUGAAUUUAGCUAACGCAGAGGUAUAUAGAAUGGAAUUAUCUGUCUCCGGAUAUUUCCUUGGGGAUGAAGAAAAACGACACCCCACAAUUAUGUAACUGUUAGACUAAUGCUCUCUGUUAACGUUUGAGUUAAGUUGUGUGGUUACAUUCUGAUAUCAAAUGGCAAGUUAACGCAUCUAGUUAAAUAGACACGAGACGCAUCCAUAAAUAUAAGUCUUUGCCUGUGAUGUUGCGUUGAAUAAUUUCUCACUUUCUAUUCAACAUAUCUAACUGUAGCUAAUUAAAGCUAGCUGAUAGUCUGUAUUGGUAGGUGUUGAUCUCUUUGUGUUACGUUGAUAUUCAUUAGUCAGCAGCCGGCUAACGUUAGCUAGGUUGGCUAACGCAACUAGCUGGCUGUCUAGGGACGAAACAUUUUUGUACCAUCUGUUGCUAUUAUGGCCUGCGAUUUUGGCUGGAAUGGGAUUUUGUUAUGGAAAUUUUUGCACUUCGUCGUCAGCUUCACUAUUAUUGGAAAUGCAGUUUGUGCCCAGCAUAACGAAAAUGUGUACGUGUCAGGGAUGUCGAAUGCUUGCGGCGACAUGGCCGAGCAGAUCAGGGCUUCGAGUGGAGUCAUCACCAGUCCCGGCUGGCCGUUCGAGUACCCCUCCCGAAUCAACUGCAGCUGGAACAUCAGGGCCAGUCCUGGAGAAAUCAUCACCAUUAGCUUUCAGGAUUUUGAGAUCCAGACCUCUCACAGAUGCGGGUCGGACUGGAUCUCGAUCGGCACGUACAAGAACCUGGACGGCUACCGAGCCUGUGGCUCCUCUGUCCCGGCCCCGUACAUCUCCUCCCAGGACCACGUGUGGAUCAAAUUUCACUCCGACGACAGCCUCACUGGCAAGGGCUUCAGGCUGUCUUACAUAACCGGGAAGUCGGAGGAGAUCAGCUGCGACUCGGACCAGUUCCACUGCGCCAACGGGAAGUGCGUCCCGGAGGGCUGGAAGUGCAACACCAUGGACGAGUGCGGGGACAACUCUGACGAGGACCUGUGCUCCCAGCCCAACCCGUCUGCCUCCUUCUCCUUCCAGCCCUGCGCCUACAACCAGUUCCCCUGCCUCUCCCGCUACACCCGCGUCUACACCUGCCUCCCGGAGUCGCUCAAGUGCGACGGCAGCAUCGACUGCCAGGACCUGGGCGACGAGAUGGACUGCGACGUGCCCGCCUGCGGGGAGUGGCUGCGCACCUUCUACGGCACCUUCAGCUCGCCCAACUACCCCGACUUCUACCCGCCGGGGAGCAACUGCACCUGGCUCAUCGACACGGGCGACCACCGCAAGGUGGUGCUGCGCUUCAGCGACUUCAAGCUGGACGGCACGGGCUACGGCGACUUCGUCAAGGUGUACGACGGGCUGGAGGAGAACCCGCGCCGGCUCCUCCGCGUGCUGACGGCCUUCGACUCGCGCGCGCCCGUCGCCAUGGUGUCCACCUCGGGCCAGCUCCGCGUGCACUUCUACGCCGACAAGGUCAACGCGGCACGCGGCUUCAACGCCACCUACCAGGUGGACGGCUUCUGCCUGCCCUGGGAGAUCCCGUGCGGCGGGAACUGGGGCUGCUACACGGAGCCCCAGCGCUGCGACGGCUACUGGCACUGCCCCAACGGCCGGGACGAGGCCAACUGCAGCGCCUGCCAGGAGGACGAGUUCCCCUGCUCCCGCAACGGCGCCUGCUACCCGCGCUCCGACCGCUGCAACUACCAGAACCGCUGCCCCAACGGCUCGGACGAGAAGAACUGCUUCUUCUGCCAGCCCGGCAACUUCCACUGCCGGAACAACCGCUGCGUGUUCGAGAGCUGGGUGUGCGACGCGCAGGACGACUGCGGGGACGGCAGCGAUGAGGAGAGCUGCCCGGUGGUGGUGCCCACGCGGGUCAUCACCGCCGCCGUCAUCGGCAGCCUCAUCUGCGGCCUGCUGCUGGUCAUCGCCCUGGGCUGCACCUGCAAGCUCUACUCCCUCAGGAUGUUCGAGCGCAGGUCCUUUGAAACCCAGCUCUCCAGAGUGGAGGCGGAGCUUCUCAGAAGGGAGGCUCCACCCUCGUACGGUCAGCUGAUCGCCCAGGGACUGAUUCCUCCGGUGGAGGACUUCCCAGUGUGCUCAGGCAACCAGGCAUCUGUCCUGGAGAACCUGAGGCUGGCGGUGCGCUCCCAGCUGGGCUUCACCUCCAUCCGCCUGCCCACCUCCGGCCGGCGCAGCAACAUCUGGAGACGGCUGUUCAACUUCACGCGCUCCCGCCGCUCCGGGUCCCUGGCCCUGGUGUCGGCCGACGCCGAGGAGGGGGGCGCGGGGAGCAGCGGGGCCCAGCGGGAGCCCGAGAGGACCGGGGCCCUCAGGGGCCUGCUGCCCGUCGACUCUGACGACACGGACACGGAGAGCGAGCGGCGUGACGUCCCGGGGGGGGCCGUGGGGGGCCUGGCGGCCCCGCUCCCCCAGAAGACGCCCCCGGCCUCCGCCGUGGAGGCCAUCGUGUCGGUGUCGGCUAGCUCCGCCCCGCCCAGCGGCGACGGCUCGGUACCGGCGGCCCAGGGCCGCGGGGAAGCCCCGCCCCCUGAGCCCCCGCCCCCUCCCCCGGACCCCGCCCCUGGGCGGAGCCAGCUCUCCAGCGCGCUGAGCCGCGUGACCCGCAGCCUGCGCUGGGUCCGCCUCUCCCUGGGCCGGGCCGGAGGCUCCGCCCCCUGCCACAGCCCGCUCCGCCACCUGGACCACUCCGGCGGCAGCAGGGAGGACGAGGACGACGUGGAGCUGCUCAUCCCUGUCUCCGACGCCGGCCCCGACAGCGACUCUGACAGCUCCCGGCCCCUGCUGGAAAACGCCCAGGGGCCGGCCCCCAGUCCCACCCUCCCCCUGCCCGCCGGCAGGGCCCGCUUCAGAGACGGGCCCUGUGAACACUGUGGCAUGGUCCACACCGCCCAGGUCCCCGACGCCUGCCUGGAGGCCACCUCCAAAACUGAGACCAGCGACGACGAGGCGCUGCUGCUCUGUUAGGUACACGUCUGCGGUACGCGUUCAGCCCCCGUCUGCGGUACGCGUUCAGCCCCCGUCUGGGGUACGCGUUCAGCCCCCGUCUGCGGUACACGUUUAACCCGCGUCCUUGUGCCCCCUGCAAACGCUCUCCAUCUCUCUCUCCUCUGCCAGAGACUGCGGGUGUAUUCGUGAAAUAAUACCCAAGGUGUUACGAAUGAUGUCUGUUUAAAAAUUGAGAGUAGCUCAUGCAUUUCAGUGCGGUACAUAACACUACAAGUCGGUACAAAAUUGUGAGGAGCUCAAAUUGCGAGUAGCUCAUGCAUUUCAGUGCGGUACAUAACACUACAAGUCGGUACGUGUGCCCCUUCGCCACAGUAUUUCCAGUCCUUAUCUGAUACUUCUCUGAAACGUUGGUUUCAAACUGCGUUUCCUGCAUUCUAGCCUAGAAGUAAAAUUGGACCUUACGAAAAAAGGACCUGUGAUACCUGCAUUAUGUACGAAGCAGUGGUCAGCCGCUGCAGUUGAAAAGUGCUUCUCACAGCAUAUGAAAAAUGGAGCCAAAAACUAAAAUGGUAAAGGUUUGAAUUAACCUUUGGCCUAUUUAAAAGAAAAACUGCUUGCAUUUGGUCAUUUCAGUUCUCUAUUGAUACUUUACCAUUCACGUCAUUUGUUUUUGUUAUUGUUUUAUUUCUUUGCUGUUAAUUGGGGUUCUUAAAUGGGAAUGCACUAAUUAACACUGGUUUACUGUGUUAUGGUGGCACAUUCUUGUUCAAGUCCAAGGAAAGUUCCUUGUUUUCUAGAAUGGUGUACGGCUACUUUCUCAAGGAUCCCUGAAGCAAAGCAAUUAAUUUGCUCAAGGAAAGGAAUCAUUUUAACGGUUUGGGUCUGGAAAACUUUACCAUGUAUAACAUCCACCAAUGUUUAUUGUAUUUAUUGUUUUAUUACUGUUUUGGUAACCUCAUUGUUUUGGUACCGAAGAUAUGUGUGUGAGUGUAUAUUUAUUGUUCAUUUUAAUUUCAGUAGUUAUUUGAAAAGCAUGUUAAAAUGCCUUGUGCUUUUUUUGUUAAGUGGUAUGACAUUGGAAUAUCUAUAUGAAAAAAUAACUGUUUACUGCACAAAGAUAAUGAAAAUAAAGGCAUAUGUUCUGCUAA